UUCACUCGCACCCACACCUAUCUUCCAAAAACCUCCCGAACCCCUCUCACAACUUCUCAUCUCUCGCCUUCUCCAUCCAACUCCUCCUCUCACACCCUCUCCGUCCAACUUCUCUCCGGCAAACCCCUCUCCGACGAACCCCUCUCUGUGAACCUCCCCUCUGAACUCCUCUCCGUCAAGACCGUGGGCAAAAUUUUCUCACCUUAUUCCUUCACCUCUUCGUCAAAUAGCAAAUGCCCUAAUCGUCCCAUUUUCUUUCUUAAACCCAGACACAUUAAAACCACCACGGGCGACGACGGCAGCAGAGAGAUGAUUCCCAUCCUCUCCUCUCUCUUCCGAUUGCAUUCUCUGGUUUAAUUUGUCUCUCUCGUUCCGCAAAUCGAUUGCCAGAUUUUUGUUUUAUCUUUUCCUUUGGGUCUUUGAUUCUGAGUUAGGGUUUCCUACUCCUGCUAAGAUUUGUUGUCUAUGGCGGCUUCCAGUGGCGUUCCGACAACCCUUGUAGGGACGGGGCCUUUCCUUCGAAGCAGCUCUUCCACCAGGUCAUUCUCCUUUCCGAGGAGUUCCGGUGCCUUUUAUCGCGUUGGCACGAGAGGACCUUGGCGGAAGCUGGCUCUCCGGAUGAGCCCGCGUUUCGAUGCCUUGGUGGAUCUCGUGGAGAAGCAAUCUGCGGGAGCUAGCGCCUCGGCGCUCGAGCAGUUCAAGAUCUCCGCCGAUCGGUUUUAGGAACUUGCAGGGUGCUCAUGGCGGCGGCCAAGCGUGGGUCCAAGGAAGCAUCAGCGAAGGCGGUGGCCAAGGGGGCGAUGAAGCCCAAGGGGGGCUUUCAUCGGAAGCUGCCUUUGUCUCCAGCGAUGAGCAAAUUCCUCGGCGUCCCAGAAAUCGCACGGGUGGAUGCCGUCAAAAAUUCUGGGAGCACAUCAAAGCAAACCAGCUCCAGGCUUCAUCAGAUGGCAAUGCUGGAUUCAUGAUUGAUAUGUUAAAGGAGUGUGGAUUAUCUCACAAAUCAAUAAUUUUUGUCUUGGAUAAGUUUGAUCUUUUUGCUCAGGUACGUGUAGUAAUUUUAGCCACUAACAGAAUUCUGUGCAAGUACUUCUUCACUUGCUUGUGUUCCCUUGUCAAUCCUCCUUUGUUGUUCCAUUUUUAUUUCAUUAUGCAAUGGCCUUUGCCUUAUUCUAAAUCUUUGAUCUUUUUGAUACAUGAGUAUGCAGGGGAAACAACGUUUACUUUAUAGUUUGCUUGAUGCAAUGCAAACAAUGACUUCAUGUCUAGUAGAAGUUCUGAUUCUUAGCGCCCCUCUUGUUAGUUCAUGGGCAUUGGAAUUACCAGAGGAUGACCUACAUGAUCUUGUACAACUUUUAUCGUAAUGCUGUUUUUGUCUUCAUCAUAUUCUGGUAUGUGUUUAUGAACAAUGUUGCAUGGAAUUAUCAAACUUUCAAUUUACCUUUCUUAUGGUUGCAUGGAAUUUACAAAUCUACUAUCUUUAAGAACGGAUGUGCAUUAUCUCACUAAUUUUCUCUUUAACAUGUUAAUCUAACCUUCCCUGCUUAUCAAUAUGGGGUUGCAUUGCUGCAACACUAUUAUGUGAGA